UCUCUGCUUGUGCUUGAAUGUAAUUGGUGAACACCCGCUGACGUCAAACUUGUAAAAAUUGUCCUGGAUACUUGGGCUAGUUAGACCUCUACAUACUUCGUCACAAAAAAAACCUCAAGGAAAUAUUAACGGAAUGGCAUAAACAAUAUUAAACUUUAUAAAUGACAUCGCUCAUUUUGGGAUAAUCGCCCGAAUUCAUUUUCAGGAGCACCAACGACUUUCAAAGUCCGGAUCCCCUCGCAGCUCAAAAAUGAACUGCAAACUGUUUUGCUCACGGCACACGGCCUGUCCUGUUGUCCUGUUCCUAUCUAUUCUUGUCAUCGCCAGUGGCAGCCGUGAGUUGUCUCAAAACCUUACAGUGAAACAGAAUAAAUGUCUGGAGGACCAGCAGUACCCUGCAGCAGGCUUGUGCUGUCUCAAUUGUGCAGCAGGGACCUUUGUAAGUAAACCCUGCACUCAGGAUCUCCAGCAGGGAACCUGCUCCCCCUGUGAACCUGGGCGCUCCUACACUGAACACCCAAAUGGCAUGGACCGCUGCUUGCAGUGCACUCAGUGCCGCAUGGAUCAAACCGUGACUGAGCCAUGCUCCAGUAGGAGGGACACACAGUGUCAGUGCAAGACCGGCUUCUUCUGUGUGCCAGACCAAGCCUGUGAGGUGUGCAAAAAAUGCACUAGGUGUAAGGUAGAAGAGGAGGAGGUGAAGAAAUGCACACCAACAUCCAACACCAUUUGUGAGAAGCUCAACCCUCCCUUAGACUCCGCAACUGACUCUCCUGCAACCACUAAUUUUUCCAGCCACAUUGCUAUGAUUGCAGGGGGAGUCAUACUACUAAUUUUCUGUCUGAGUGGAUGUGCUGUUGGUGGUUUUUGUUGGUGCAAGAGCCAAUCCGAUUUGGCUUCAGUAUGUGAAUGUCCAACUGAGGAUGUGAAGAUUCCAAUUGUUUCCCCCCAAUCAGCAGAGGAAAAGCAGAACACCAAAAAUGCUGGACUGGAAGAGGGUGAGGAGCCUCGUCCUGAGUCAAGCCCCCUGCUCCAGGAGACACAGGGCAUUGUCACUAAAGGUUCUGCCCUUGAGGACGAGGACAGGGGGUUGGGCGAUAGUCUGCCCAACACCACAAGCUCCUCUCAGACAAGUCUAACUGCAGUGCCUGCAGCUAUACUUAGUGGAGGGGAGACACCAGACCACAGCCCCCCCAUGAUGAGGCCCAAUUGUUCUACAGAUUGUGAGCCAGAGCACUGGUCCAAGGAUGAAGUUUUGAACAGACGCCUGGUGCCUCUCCUUGGAGAGGAGACAUCCCUCAGCAAGAGUUUUGACCUGUUUGACACCUUUCUGGAUGUACGGUUCCACAACAAGUUCUUCCGCAGUAUUGGAGUGAGUGACAAUGCUAUUAAGAUUGCUGAGAGUAGUCCAGCUGCGGACAAGGUGUAUGAACUACUUUGUGUGUGGAUGCAGAGAGAAGGGCUCCGUGCCAACAUCAAUGAUCUGAUCCAGGCACUGCUGCAGCUGGACCAACGCUACUCGGCUGAAAACAUUGCCACUAAGGCUGUAGAGAGAGGAUUUUACCGGUUGGCAUGACCUAUGCCUGGUUCAACUCAGGAAGGGAGUAUGAAGAAAAGUCAAAUUAGGACUGAAAGGAGAACCUAGAGGUCUAGAUUCCUGAUAAUUGGGGUGUUUGUGAACCAAAACCAAGCCCUUUGGUUUGUCUCUACUCACCAGUUGUGGACUAGCUGGUUGGAAUGAUCCAGACAUUUUUGAGAGUGGAGCUCUCUGCCCUGUAUGUAGCAUAUGAUUAGCUUUAUAAAGCCAACACUGAACUCUGCUCUGGAUUGUACAUUCCCUAUCCAUACAGGCCCUAUGCACUGCUCUCAGGCAUGUUUAUGACUGUAAUAAUUAGCUGAAUUAAUAUCUCUGUGAAGACUCUGUGAUGUCAGUGGUAUGCACUGCUUAAAAAAGUAAAACAUGGUAGGCUUACUUUAUUGUGUUUCCAUGGCCAGUUUAAGUUAAUGCAUGGACUUAGUUACCUUACUGGUAAGCACUCUUCUCGAAAGUAUUGCUAAAGUGGUUUUACCACCACUUAUUACCACAGAUUACCAAUGGUGCAUUACUGCUCUGAGUGCACGUACUGGCCACAAGAUGAUUAGUGGGCAUGGUGGAGCCUGACAAUGUUCACCUGACAAUUGGUUGACCUGCCGAUGCGAGUCUAUGUUGCUUUGGAUAAAAGUGUCUGCUAAAUACCAGUCAGCUUUAACUUUAAGAUGAUUUAUGUUAAAAACACUCAGUGGCAGUUCUAAGGAUUCAUAUGUGGUGCUAUAGCUCAGGUGCACUGUAAAUGUAUUCCACGUAAACUAAUAGAAUAGAAGCACAGGAAUGGAGUACACUAACAUAGUCACAGUUCAAACCUAUCAACACUGAUUGCCUUUUCUGUCUAUCAAUAUCUACCAAUAUUUGUUUUUUUCCAGUAAAACAUCUUUUUUUGGAAAGCUUUUUUUUCUUGUCUCUUAAGUCACCAGUGCUUUCCUUGCUUAAUUUAUUUUUUGGAUACAUUUAUUUAUUUGUCAAUAUGUUGUCAAUAUUUAUACUGUUUAUAGAUAUUUCACCAGUAGUACUUGGGACUCAACUGGCAAGUCUGUAACCAUGAUAUUCAUUACAGAGACCUUCACAUCGCCCUUGCAACAUGUAUAUGCCAGUCAAAAGUUUGGACACAUGCAUUCAUUCAUUACUUUUCCUUUAUAUUUUGUCCAAUUGAUUUCAGACUUUGCAAGUGUCUUGCUGCGGACCAGAGUGCCAAGUUUCAUGUUGUUUGGAUAAGAAAUACAAAAGAUAGCGUUAAAUAUCUGCAAAACGAUAUAGCCACUGUAGCCACCCCUCCUCUCACAGCCCACACAGCACAGCGCAGCAGCACCAGAGAGGGUAGAAGCAGAGCUUUGGCAGCACUGAGUCAAUGCACACGGGUAGAAAGUCAAGUGAAUGCCAGAUGUUUGAAUGAUUAUCAUGUCUGACUUCAACAAUAUAAAGACUGCCUAUAGAUGUGGUGUGCUUGCAUAAAAUGAUUCAGAGGAUUUUGCAACAACACGCCAGCCCACACGGGUUGGCUAUGCAUUGGUUAUUCAAAAUGAUCAACGAAAAUGAAACAAAGUGUUCAUUAACUAACACUUCGAAUAGCCUAGGCUAAUUUGGACUGUCUUUGGACUAUGAAUAAACAAACAACAAUUCCGAUUGCAGGGUCCCAAAUUGAAACAAGGGAAAAUUUGAACUGUUUGGUCCGAGGACCGAGUUUCAGAAUGGCACACAUGAAAAGCAUGGCCAGCUACAGACACGGAGUGGCAGACAGAGCAUGUGUCACUUACAGGCUACCAAAGUCACAUCAUUGCAAAUUUCAAAUGACAAUGCAUCAUUCCACAAAAUGGUUUGUCUUCCCUAUCAUCAAGUUAAUUAAUUCGGCUAAACAUAUAGCCUUAACUCAAAACAGCUGUUACGCUUAUGCCAUUUUGAUCUGUAAAAAAUUUCACAGGCAGCCAUGCUUAAAUUAUGCUUACUUAUUAUAAUACAAUUUAAUAUAUUAGCCUAUGAUAUAAUAAUAUUCAAUAUUCAUUAUUUAUUUAGCUAGAAUUAUCCCUAUGGACCUAUUUAGAGCUGUCCCAAAUGAUUAUUUUAUAAACGAUUAAUCUAACGAUUAUUUUUCCGAUUAGUCGAUUAAUGUAACGAUUAUUUUUUUCUAUUAGUUGACUAAUCUAACGAUUAAUUUUUCGAUUAAUCUAACGAUUAAUUUGUCCAUUAGUUAUUAAUUUUCCAUUCCGAAAUAUCAGAAAGUUUCUCUAACAUUUUCAUUCAUUUUAUUUGCAUUAACCUUUUUAUGUUUCAUGUGUGAGGUGAUGAGGGCUAGUUAUUUUAGGGUUAUAACAUCAGCAUGGCGUAUCAGAUAGAAUAGCCUACAUAAGAUAUGUGCGAUACCAGGGUUGUAUGUUAACUUUUUUUUGCGCAGAGUAUUGGUGAAUAGAUUUGUAGCACCAGUCACAAAAUCUCUAGCAUCGUUAUAAAACCUUAAAAAUCUUUAAAAACUAUCACAUGUAGGACAGUUCAUCACAGUACAUCAAUUGCAACUGGACUGAUAAAAGGUCAUGCACACCGGUAGGUUACAUUGUAUUUGGGAAAAGCAGAAGCUAUCAGCAUGAUGUAUUGUUAUUAUUACUACAACUAUUACUUCAAAUUUGACAGGUAGAAGUGAACAUUGCGAAUAGUUGACACAAAUUAUUUACAUCGACAAAUUUAUGUAAUCGAUCACGUCGACUAAUCGUCCCAGCCCUAGUCCUAUUUUUAAAGCAGGCCUACCUACCUAAUAGCAUGUUUUGAACGGGCACUGUAAUAGAUUCCUACAUUGGACAUUAGAAAUGUAACAUUACUGAAGACAUGAAAAGUUUGACAUACUGUAACUAGGGCUGUCAACCGAUAAUAAUCUAAUUAAUUACAUACUCUAAUUGAUUCAUCUAAAUUAAUCGCAUGCAUCCACUUUUGCUAUGAACUUAUUUAAAAAAAAACAUUUGGCAGAUGAGUAAAUCAUUGAGGAGUCAAACCAACAUUAUAAACUUUAAAGUUCAACGUCUCUCUUUUAUUAUAAUUUUCCCUUUUGGCGCAGUGUAGUGCCUGGUGUCAGAUUUUUAGCAUUUUAAAUGCAAA